AAAUAUGUAUGUAUUUGAAUUCCUUCGCUACUCUGCUAUUUCUCACUCACGUAGUUUACUAAAAGUGAAUGCUGAUGCAUCUGCCUUCGUAUCCAUGUUUUAUUCGUCUAGCCCACAAUUUACGCUUACAGUCGUGUAGACUACUUUCUACUGAACAAAGCUUACAACUUGCAAGUGACAGCUCAACUAAUUGGAUUUCUAUUUGUGGCCAGCCUACUAUAAAAGAUUCAUGGUACAAUGUAGCUCCUCACAUUGUUGAGCUUACGAAAAGGUCAUUGCACAAUCAAAAAUAUCAUCCUUUAAAUUUAAUCAAACAGCGGAUUUCGGACUUCAUGUUUAAACGUCAUGUUCGUCGUGUAUGCAGUGAUGGUCAAAAUGGUACACCAUUAUUCAGUUUAUAUGAUAAUUUGUCACCGGUGGUAACAGUACGACAAAAUUUUGACAGUCUUCUUAUCCCACCAGACCAUCCAAGUCGACUAAGAACAGAUACAUAUUAUUUAAAUGAAACAACAGUUUUGCGUAGUCAUACAUCAGCCCAUCAAUUGGAUUUACUCAGUUCCGGUUUAAAUGCUUUUCUUGUUGUCGGUGAUGUCUAUCGACGAGACGAUAUUGAUUCACUGCAUUAUCCUGUCUUUCAUCAAUUGGAAGGUGUUCGACUGUUUACAUAUGAUGAACUCUUUCAAAAUGCUAUCGAUCCGUGCCAUCACCUUCAACUAUUUGAAGAUAUCCCACCAUCUUCACCUUACAGUCAACCUGAUAUUUAUCCAUUCAAAGUGUUUCCAUCGUUUAUAUUGCCAUGUGAUAAACAACCAAGGCACACAACAGAAACAAAAAUGUUAUUGGAAUUUGAACUGAAAACUGUUCUACGGGAAAUGGCUAAAUUUUUAUUUGGUCCGGAUGUACAAUAUCGUUGGACUGAAAGUUAUUUUCCAUUCACGCAUCCGUCAUGGGAACUGGAAAUAAAAACAAAAUCUGGUUAUUCUUGUGAUGGAGGGAUUGAAGAAUGGACUGAGAUACUAGGAUGCGGUAUAAUGCGUCAAGAAUUACUAGAACGUUCCGGUGUACCGAACAAAGUUGGUUACGCUUUUGGUUUAGGUCUAGAAAGAUGGGCUAUGCAGUUAUAUGAGAUUCCGGAUAUUCGACUAUUUUGGUCGAAAGAUGAAGGCUUUUUGAAUCAGUUUCAAACAGAUGAUAUCCAUGCACCAAUCAAAUACAAGCCAGUUAGUAUAUUCCCUCCGUGUAUAUUGGAUCUUUCAUUUUGGGUGAAUCAAUCAAAACUUUCAUCGCCACCGCUGCCUAAUUCUGAUGGUUCAGACAGCCUAAAGAUAAUGGAGCGAAAUAUUUUUGAUCUUGUCCGCUCUGAAGCUGGUGAUCUAAUUGAACAAAUUCGUUUAGUCGACUCAUACACUGAUGCAAAGAUUGGUCGACAGAGUCUUUGUUAUCGUUUUGUCUAUCGAGAUCAGCAUAAAACGUUAACAAUGGAUGAGGUACGACCAUUGCAUGAAAGUAUUGGUCAAAUUCUUGCUGAGAAAUUAAAUCUUUCAAUUCGAUAGUAUAUCCAGUACCAAUGAUUAUCUAUUUUAACCUUAUGGAUUAUCAAUUGAGGGGGGAUGGCGCAAGUUUGUUACCAACUUCACUUUUUCACUACUAUCAAUCUUUCCUCAUUGUUUAUUGUACAUAUUCUGCUAUAGUUUUAAAAAGAUAAUACAUUAGAAUUGAUUUCUCUUUCUUCUUC